AUGAAUAUUUCGAGAUUUUCUCGGUUAAUACAAAUCAAGCCUGUAUUAAACAUAAAUUACAGAUGUUCCUGUCGUGUAAUUCAAGGCUCUAAUAAAUAUAAUAACAAUCGUGAAAAUAGAACUAGUUAUUUUGGUAUUCUUGCGGCAACCGCAGCAGUUAUAGGUUAUGUUAGUGUUAAAGAAAAAUUGAUAGCGGCGACUGGUUUUAAUGAUUUGAAAGGUAGAAGACAGAAGUAUAACUUUAUUGCUGAUGUAGUGGCUGUGUCGGCGCCAUCUGUAGUGUAUAUUGAGAUUAAAGACACCCGUAGACUUGAUUUGUUCUCUGGCAAACCCGUUACUUUGUCUAACGGUUCUGGAUUCAUAGUGAAGGAAGAUGGGUUGAUAUUGACUAAUGCCCACGUCGUGGUGAAUAAGCCGAAUGCUCUAGUAAAUGUGCGGUUAAUGGAUGGUUCCAUGCAUACAGGCUUCGUAGAAGAUGUAGAUAUGAAAUCUGACCUAGCUACUCUUCGCAUCCCUGUAACAGGAUUACCAACAAUGAAGCUCGGCUCUUCAGCUGAUAUACAGCCUGGCGAGUGGGUAGUGGCCAUGGGUAGUCCUCUAGCUCUGAGUAACACAGUAACAGCUGGUGUAGUGAGUUCCACACAAAGAGGUAGUGAAGAACUUGGCUUAAGAGGCAAAGACAUGGUCUACAUUCAGACAGACGCUCCAAUCACGUUCGGAAACAGUGGCGGUCCACUGGUCAAUCUCGAUGGUGAAGCUAUUGGCAUCAAUAGCAUGAAAGUCACUUCGGGUAUAUCGUUCGCUAUCCCCAUCGAUUAUGUGAAGGAAUUCCUCGCUAAGACUCUUUCUACAGGGAAAACGAAGGCGCCGCAAGUGUCCCGACGGUACCUCGGUAUCACAAUGUUAUCGCUGACUCCUAAUAUACUAAUGGAACUCCGUAUGAGGAAUCCUGAGAUGCCAUCAGACAUCGAACAUGGCAUCCUUGUAUGGAAAGUUAUUAUCGGAUCACCAGCCUACAACGGCGGGCUCCAGCCCGGCGACAUAGUGAUCAGUAUAAACGGAACCGACGUGCACACCGCCACCGACAUCUACCAGAUGUUGGAGAACACGACCGGCCGACUACUCAUAGAGGUCGUCAGGGGGCGGGAGCGGAUCAGCCUCAAAAUUUCCAUAAGUCCUUUGAGUCUACUCGCAGAAGAAAGACUUUUACCCAGUUUUAGAUCAAGUGUUGUAACAAAUGAUGGUAAACCAAUAUUGCGUGGUGGUGGCCCUGAACCUGAAGAAGAGGCAGAACAGCCCGUUACAGAUAAAUCAGAAGAUAGUGAAGAAGACACGAAUGCAAGAAACGAUUCGUCAAAAACUUUGGUAGAUGAUCUAACUGUUUUGAUCGACUAUUUGAUUAAAAACUACGGUUACGAGAUCGAUAAACAAACUAGACGAACAGGCAAGAGUAAGAAGAAUAAACACGACAAGCAUAAAGGAUCUACUCGCGGAAAAAAUAAAAAUAAAUCGCAUAAAAAAAGUGCCGUCAAAAGUACUGAAAAUUCUAAUUUUGAAAAUGACGUUAAUUUAAGUAAUGAAAAUAAUAAUAACGCUAAUGACGGCACGCAUGAUCAACCGCCAAACAAUGAAAAUUUUGUGUUUAAUGCCGAUGCAUUGAAUAGAGAAAAUGAUGAUACAAAUAAUUUUGUUAAUAACCUUAGUGGCAAUGUGAAAGGAGAAAAUUAUAAAUCUAAUAAUAAUGAUGGUGAUCAGGCUGUAGAAACUUCAAUUAAUGUAAUGGAUAUCGUUGAUAUGAUCCGUAGCCAAAUAAAUAGUUAUAGAUCAAAAGUUGAAACGGCACCAGCAGAAAUUUUACGCAUGCCAAUAGAUAACGCGGAUAAACAUGUAAAGCAAAAUUUUUCGCUUGCAUUUUCUGUUCAAGUUUAA